AUGCAGACCUCGUCGUGGCUUUUUGUCGCCAUCGCGGCACUCGCCCGCACAACCAACGCGGCCGACGCCGCCUUCAUGGCCAGCACGUCGCAGUGCUCAUCCGUCGACACCUGCUACGAGGGUGGCGCGGCCUCCACGCCCUGCACAGUCUCAAGUGGCGGUUGUCCGCCUUGCAUCACCUUCGCGGAUGAUGGUUGCUACGUCAAGGUGGGCGAAUCUUGCCCUUUCGGUGUGGACUGCGGGUCCGUGUGGGGAUCGUCUACUACUACUAGUACUUCCAGUGGCAGCAGCACGUCCACUACUACUUCCAGCACUUCCAGCACUACAGGCACCACUACCACGACAACGUCCAGUACUGCGGGAUCAUCGACUUCAACGACAGCAGAAACGUCCUCCAAGACAGGAUCGACUACUAGCGGCACGGCUGGUGUCGCCUCGUCCAGCUCCACUGCUUCCAGCACUUCUGGAAGCAGCAGCGCCGCGGCUGGAGACUCGAGCAGCGGCGGCUCCGACAUGAGCGUCGUGUUCGCCAUUAUCGGUGCGGCUAUCGGCGUUAUCGCCGUCGCUGUCAUCUUCCUGACGCUCGUUCGUCGCUCCAAGGGCGCGAGUGAGGACGAAGACGACGAAAUGCCCAACGCUACGCCAGCUUUCGCUAAGAGCCAGGGCCCGCACAGCACGACAGGCUCCGCCAUGUACGCGAGCUACAAUAACGGCAACCGCGCUGGCGGCAUGGGCUCCGGUACAGGCAAUGAAAUCGGCCUGGACAUGUCCAAGGGCGUGUCUAUGAACGCCGUGAGCUACUACAACCAGCAGCCUCCACAGAACUCGACGGCGCCGUCGCCCCGCGUGGCAGGGCGCGCCAUCCCGUCGCAGCCGGUGGGUAUGAACCAGAGCGCCGGUAUGGCCCGCCCCUAUUCCGGUGGUCAGAACUUCGGCGCCUCUGGACUCGGUGCUUCGGGUGUCGGUGUCGUGAACCAGGCACCGCCGGCACCAAUGCAGCCUCACCCAAUGGGCGGCGUGGCGCCGUCUCCGCACAACCGAAGGGAGUCGUAUGAAUUCUAA